CAGUCUGGUAAGACCUGAGCUUCUGCGGUAAAUGGAGUUAACUUGGCCUUGUCGCACGCCAGUCUGCUUCUGACAUUCGCGCGUCGCGCUCGAUCGCCGCCUGAGAUCGCCCCAUCGCCUGUGAUAUUACGUUUCUAUUACUCGCAUUUAUUUAUUUCUGCCGAAAAAGGGCGAAAAACUUAAACCGAUUAGGUUCACAUAAAUUUAUAUAUAUCAGUUCGAACUUGAGCUUGGGAAUUAGCAAACGCAAUGAAAACGAUAAAUCACAUACUUAGUCCACUCCUGCUCCUGCUAGUGCUGUAUCUGCCUAGUAUAUCCUGGGCAGCGCCUGCUCUACAUCUUAGAAACUACCCAGAGCCAGACUCUGCACUGGAGGAGGCCUAUCCCACAUCGCCCAGCCAAGUGCUGCCCAUACAGCCCGUGCUCAUUUAUCCCCAGCCCCGGGAGAAUCUCUACCAGGCCAGGAAUAUGGCAGGGCGAAACAACGACCAGGACAUUAUCUUCGUGAAGUUGCUGCAGGACAAAUCCAGUGCCUAUCGGCCCAAGCAGCAGCGCCUCGUCCUCGACGAGACAAAGUCCUCCCGCCGGAAGGAGCAUGGCCUCAAGGAUAUAUUUUAUGUGAAGGCCCUGACCAAUGGAAGAUUCAGCCAUGAGCGCCUAAAGGUGUACCGGGUCCCCGAGUUCUACGCUAUCAGUGUGUUUAGCAACGGGGAGAAGUGAUCAUCUGGAUGACGAAGGAACAGGAGUAAUAUAAGUUAUU